AUGGAUAAUUCCACAAAAGAAAUCUUUUUUGUACUUCAAGGAGUGGAUGAUACAAGAACAAACAAACAGAUCUACUUUGCACUUGCUCUUUUGACUUACCUUUUGACUGUUUUCUCAAAUUUGAUGCUGAUUACAACAAUUUUCCUGGAUAAAACACUACAUGAACCCAUGUAUUUCUUCAUAUGUAAUUUGUGUGUAAAUGGAAUAUAUGGUUCCUCUGGUUUCUACCCAAAGUUGCUUGUUGAUCUUUUAUCAGAGAUUUGUCUUAUCUCAUAUACUGGGUGUCUGAUACAAGUAUUUGUCAUUUAUAACUAUAUGUUCUGUGAAUUCACAAAUCUAACUGUGAUGGCUUAUGACAGGUAUGUGGCAAUCUGUAAGCCAUUACAAUAUCAAUCUAUCAUCACACCUCAGAGAGCGGGGAGGCUAGUGCUUCUUAUUUGGCUUGUCUGUCUAUUAGAGGUCUCUGUAGGUACUAUAUUGACAAGCAUACUACCCAUUUGUGGUUAUGAAAUUAAUAGGCCUUACUGCUUCAACGUGGCAGUAGUAAAACUUGCUUGCACAGAGACACCUCUGAACAGAACUUUUGGGGCUGUAUUAAUGAUGUUUUAUUUUGCUCAGGCUGUUUAUAUAGUGAUCACAUACAUUUACAUCAUUAGAGCCUCCCUUAGAUCUAAAGCAGGGCAGGGAAAGUUCAUGCAGACAUGCUUACCACAUUUAGUUACCUUCAUUAACUUUGCCCUCUCAGUGACAUUUGAUAUCAUGUAUGAAUUUUUUGGCAACAGCAACACAAAUGUGGCUUUCCGCAACAUCUUGGCGGUACAGUUUCUUAUUGUGCCUCCACUCUUAAAUCCAGUCAUAUAUGGUAUGAAGCUGAGUCGUAUCCGUAUGAGCCUGAUGAAAAUUUUGAAUCAGGGAGUUAGAGCGCUUACAUGA